CCUCCCCAUUUGAGACCCUGAACUUGAUACUUCAAACGACGCAAACUCUGAAGCUCCAGCUACUGCAUCAAUGGCAAACCAAGCGUCCUCAUCCUCUACUGCGCUGGAAGUCCUAAUCGAAGAUGAAGAGUUCUUGUAUGGAGCUGAAUCGGGUUGGGUCGAGGCUCGUACCUCGUGCAAUCACUUGGCUUCGCUGUCGUCCGAUCUCGUACACAUUCCCACUCCUGAAACUCCCUGCAACAGGUGCCAUAACCCAUCCGAAAAUUGGUUAUGUUUGUGCUGUAAGGAAGUUCUUUGCAGCCGUUUUGUAAACAAGCAUAUGCUUGAGCAUUAUCAGAAAGUAAACCAUUGUUUGGCACUCAGCUACAGUGAUUUAUCGAUUUGGUGUUUCUCAUGCGAUGCAUAUUUGGAUGCUCAAGCGAUUUUGCAACUCCAUCCUGUUUAUGAAACUGCAUAUAUACUGAAAUUUGGCCAGGCCCCUCCAUUUCCAACCACAGAUAAUCAAGCAGAAGCUUCAACUUCAGGCAAUUAAGUUUCAACAUAGCACAUUAGAUUUGUAGGUUCUACUAUUGAGUCCUUUUUUUUGUUCUUCUCAUUUUGGAAAUUGGGAAGGAUGUUGGGUUCUGGUUGGUUGUUAAGAAAAAACCAGUUGUUCACAACCAUUGUUGAAAUUAUCCUUGAAAUAGUUAAGGAAAACUGAUUCUGUUUUAUACAAUACCAAAGAGAGUUAUACAAGACA